GGCUCCCAGAACUGGAUGGAGGUCGCAUUUUGUUUGUCGUCUGGUUUUUGGCAUCGCUGGUUUUCAUGACCUCGUAUGGGGGCAUCCUGACGGCAAUGCUGACGGUGCCCACUUUCAGGAUACCCAUCGACUCAGUCGAGGAUAUGGUGCGGCAGACAAAAAUACCCUGGAGGCUCGAAGUGGGCUCUUUCAUGUACCAGUUGUUUAGAGACUCUGAAAACGAGAUCUACAAGAAGGCCUACCUUGGAAGCGGAGCCAUGCAAGGCGGAUGCUGGACCAACAAAGAUGAGAUACGCAAUGGUGACUACGUAGCCGUGUGUAUCAAGAUCAUGGCUUUAUCCGCCAUGGCCUGGGAUUUCGGAGAGACGGGCAAAUGCCACAUGUACCUGGCCAAGCAACCAGUCUACCAGAUGAAUUUAGGAGUGAUGAUCAUGCAGAAGAACUUCAUUUAUAGGGAGCAUUUUGAUGAUAUCAUUUUGAGGCUUCAGGAAGCCGGAAUCUUCAGCAAAUGGUUGGUGGACGAGAUACGCAACGUCAGCCAAUGCCUCCUGCCCCCCGGAAGCGACAUGGGUGAAGCCCUACCCCCCGCCCUCCCUCUCGAUUCCUUGUACGGGACUUUCUUGUUGCUCCUUGGGGGUCUGGUGAUCUCAGGCGUGGCAUUUGUCCUGGAACUAUUGAGUGAGCGAUUCAGUCUUUCAUGCAAAGAAUCUGGAGAUCAGUUCGGCCAUUAAUCGAUUUGAAGGACUGAUGAGAGACGGGAAACAAAGGACGAUGGAACCGAAAUGUGCAAUGAGACAGUGACCCUCGGACACGAAUUCUGACAUCUUUAAGCAUUCUCUACCGCAAGAAUUCCCAACUGACCUUUCCACCUCCAUUGUUAUCACACGUGGGCCCAGACGAUAAUAUUGGUGGCAGAGCUGAAGACACACAAUUGUAAUAAAGACGCCAUUCAAGAAAAAAAACAUCAGUUACUUGGCGCAAAAUCUGGCAGGAAGGUGCUAGAAGCUGCCAGCAAAUACUCUCGCUUGUCACCGGCUUUAGUUCACUUAUCUAUAACUAUUGAUUUGUUUGAGAUGUGGUCACCUACUGAUCAUUUUUUUCAUCUUGUAAGGAGAUAGAAACAGGUAUAGCAUCAUUGUAGACACGUUAGCUGUUUACGAAGAAUGAUAUACUCGCUUCUCAGGAUGGUGAAGUUUCUAUGCAUCAAAAAGUCCAU